AUGGAAAAGCAUAAGCGAGGAAGCGCGCAACUGAAGGAACCGGCUGGAAUUGGAAUUAAUGGAAGCGGGAGAAGGAUCGAUCUAAGUACAGGCCAAUGGAUACCUGACGCUGACGGGGAACGGAACAACUCUACCCUUCGUCUAUUCAUUUGUAUAGCAUUUCAUCUACGUACUCGAUUAGUUCAUGCCAAAAUAGAAAAGUUUGUUGCUCUGAAGGCUCCGUACAUCAUCUCUCAAGUAAAGGAGUCUCUGUCGGUGUGGCAACAGAAAUCGACUCAAAUUAAUGGCUGCUACUCGUUGGCAAAAUCCCUACAUUCCAGAGCACCACCAUUUGAGAUUCCUAGGCUUCUUAUCUACAUAGCUACGGCGAAGGGCGAACGCCUGUUGGAUUCUACGACGCAUUCUGCUCCACUUAACUCAUUAGCUAAGCCACAAGUUCACUUUGCCAGGUUUCGCAUCACAAUACGACGACAUGAGUACCUUUCAUCAUCAAUCCAAAGUUUUACAAUGCUCUUCAUCCACAUACUCAAAUUCUCUCUAGCGCUACCGUUUCCAAUCAUGGUUGUCGAAACCGAGAAGAAAGCAGCUCAAUCCCCCGAUAACACUGAAAGCUCCGUCAAUGAGACCCACAAUGCCACAGGUGGCAAUGCCGAUACCAGCCAAACCCUUCCAAGCCCAAGUCUGGAACCAAACAACGAACACCCCCGACCGCCGCCCAAAUGA